GGGAGGGGAAGGAAUGAAUAUAUCCUGGUCUCGGGCACUGUGAAUGUGGGCGUGGUCAGUAAAUGAAGAGGUCAGAGAGGCUCCUGUUGCCUCAUGGGAUGAUCUUUCCACUCCACUGCAUCUCAUCCCCCACACAACACACACUCUCUUUUUCUAGAAAAUAAACCCAUCGUCUCUCUCGGUGGGGAAUGGCGAUCUAUGGAAUGAAACAAGCCGUCUCGUCUCGCCUCGUCUUCAUUUUCUAAGGAAAAUGUCAUAGUAUCGAUUACAUAAAACUUUUUAGUUUAGAAGGGUACCCCAUCUUCCGAAGACAACAACAAUUUUAGCAUUUCUCAGUGAACCAAGACUACAACAACCAGCAAAUCUUGGCUCCUUGAAAUCCUCCUUCAGCAAAUCUUGGCUGCUUGAAGUCCUCCUGCGACGCACCCACCCACCCCGCCCAAACGACAAAUUUCAACUGCCCCCCAAUAACGGAUGCUCCAUCCUCCUCUCUCUUCCAACAUCACCACCAAUGGUGCAUACACAGCAGCAGUGGAGGAGCAGCAGUUGUUGCGGUUGCUAGAUGGGUGCACCGGUGGCAUUCGGCCAGCCAAGCGCAUCCAUGCCCACAUCAUCAUACGCGGUUUAGCCCAAUCCAACUUCCUCAUUGCCAAGCUUCUCAGAAAGGCCACCACAAUCCAUCGCCCAGAAGAUUACGAUACCACCACAUCAUCAACGUCCAUGGACUACUCUCAACUGGUGUUUGAGCAGGUCUCUCGGCCCAACGCCUUCCUAUGGACCACCCUCAUCCGUGCCUACGCCCUCAGAGGAGGCCCAGAGGCCUUCCUCCUCUACAAUCGCAUGGCUGCCCUUGGCACCCCCCGCCCCAUCUCCUUCACAUUCUCUGCUCUUUUCAAAGCCUGCUCAGCCUCCCAACAAGGGAAAGAUAUUCAGGCCCACACCCUCAAGCUUGGCUUUGACUCCGAUCUCUAUGUCCAAAACACGCUCAUAGACCUCUAUGUGAGAUGCGGGUGCGUGAAUGAUGCACGUCGGGUGUUCGACACAAUGCCCACCAGAGAUAUCAUAUCAUGGACGGCCAUGAUCGUGGCUUAUGCUAAAGGCGGAGACAUGGAGGCUGCAAGGUGCCUGUUUGACAGCCUCCCGCACAAGGACAUGGUGUCGUGGACCGCAAUGCUUUCAGGUUAUGCUCAGAAUGCAAAACCACAGGAAGCCUUGCAGUUAUUUGAGGAGAUGAAGGCGGCUGGAGUCCCAAUAGACGAGGUCACCCUCGUGGGUGCCAUCAAUGCUUGCGCCCAGCUUGGGGUCCUGCAUCUCGCCCGACAGAUCCACAGCCUGGUGAUGGACUAUGGUGGUCCGGAGAGUGUCGUGGUGGGCUCAGCACUCAUCGACAUGUAUGCCAAGUGCGGCAGCCUGAAGGAGGCAUACCAAGUUUUCGAGAAAAUGACAGUGAAGAAUGUGUUCUCUUACAGUGCGAUGAUCGGUUCAUUUGCAAUGCACGGACAUGGUAGGGCCGCACUUCGGCUCUUCUCCCAAAUGCAGGCAACAGACAUCCCUCCAAACAGCGUGACAUUCAUUGGGGUGUUGGCCGCGUGCAGCCACACGGGACUAGUCGAAGAGGGCGUCCAGUGCUUUGCCACCAUGCAAGAUGAGUACAGGAUCAGUCCAUCUGCGGAUCACUACGCAUGCAUGGUGGACCUCUUGGGGCGUGCAGGUCGCUUGGAGGAGGCACAUGAGCUGCUCAAGACGAUGCCUAUCAAGCCUCACGCCGGGGUGUGGGGGGCAUUACUCGGAGCAUGCAGGAUCCACGGGAAUGCAAACCUGGCAGAGGUGGCUGCCAAGCAUUUGUUUGAGGUGGAGCCAGACGGGAUCGGGAAUUAUGUGCUCCUCUCCAACAUUUAUGCCGCUGCGAAAAGGUGGGACGAUGUGCGUCGGGUAAGGAAGGAGAUGAGGGGAAGAGGGCUGAGGAAGAACCCAGGGUGCAGCUGGGUGGAGGGGAAAGAGGGAGUGCAGAAGUUCUUUGCGGGGGACGUAUUAUCGGAGGAGAUAGAGACUGCAUUGGAAGAGCUGUUGGAGAAGGCAAGUGCAGCAGGUUAUGUACCAAAGUUGGAUUGUGUGGUUUACGACGUGAGCGAUGGAGAGAAGGAGCAGGUUCUGAAGAGACACAGUGAGAAGGUGGCACUCGCCUUUGGGCUGCUCACUAUGGAGUCCCGCAUACGGAUCGUCAAGAACCUUAGGAUGUGCGACGACUGCCACUUGCUCAUGUGCGUGGCAUCGAGGGUGGCAGAGCGGGAGAUUGUUGUGAGGGAUAACAUGCGCUUCCAUCACUUCAAACAGGGGGCUUGUUCUUGUGGGGAAUUCUGGUGAAUUAAUGUGUUACAUUCAUUCAGUUACGGUGUUACAUUCUUUCUUUCAUUUAUGAUAAUGGUGUUCUUCACUCCUCACCGAUUAGUUGUUCAUGUGCGUGGCAUCGAGGGUGGCAGAGCGGGAGAUCGUUGUGAGGGGCUUGUUCUUGUGGGGAAUUCUGGUGAAUUAAUGUAUUACAUUCAUUCAGUUACUGUGUUACAUUCUUUCUUUCAUUUAUGAUAAUGGUGUUGUUCACUGCUCA